CGGGUCAGAGAGGAUUAGUGUCAGUUCAGGUUUGGUAGUAAACUCACAUUCAUGUUGUUGGCGUUGACUGCUUCUGACACACUCGCCCUACUGGUUCACUUCAACUGAGAAAUCCCACACUGAACAAUCACUGCAGCAGAAAUUGGACCACAGGAAGGGAAUUGGAAUAACCGUUUCAUUCUCUUCUGAACAAUUACCAUGAAACAAGCUAUGGAGGAUGGUGUCAGUGAGGUACUGUCCAGUGUGGUGAAGGAUGUUGACCAAGCUGUUAGCAGGAACAUUAAUGGUGCUCAGCUUCUGCAUGAACUACUGAGUGCACCGUGGCUUUGUGCCCUGCUGAAGAUUUAUGAGUGCCUGUUAAAGUUCCAGAGACUGACACCAAGCCCCGUUUUGCCUUAUGCUGCAGGACUCUCACAUGAGGUCAUAACUGCAAUACUGACAGCUCAAACGCCUUCAGCUCCAGCUAGAGAGUUGUGCAGCCUCCUGAGCUCACCUCAUAUCCAGGCUCUCUUGUCAUCUCAUGACAGUGUUGCACAGUCAGACUAUGAGCCUGUCUUACCCCCUCUGCCUGAUGAAAUACCAGAGGAUGAGGAGGCAAUGAGGAUUGUGUGUCUUGUAAAGAACAACCAGCCUCUGGGUGCAACUAUAAGGAAGGAUGAGGCAACAGGAGAUAUUUAUAUUGCCCGGGUGAUUCAUGGAGGAUUGGCUGACCGCAGUGGACUUCUACAUCCUGGAGACCUAUUAGUGGAGGUAAAUGGAAACCCAGUGGUGGGCCUGGAACCAGAACAGGUCAUCCAUAUACUGGCCAAUUCCCAAGGCACUAUCCUGUUUAAAGUCAUUCCAAAUCCAUCUCAGGCAUGCAACAGCCAGACACCGGUAUGUAUGAGGGCAAUGGUAGACUACUGCCCUCUGCAGGAUUUUUCCAUCCCAUGUCCAGAUGCAGGAAUGGCAUUCAGCAGAGGAGACCUUCUUCAGGUGGUUGACCAGUCAGAUGGACAGUGGUGGCAGGCCAGGAAACUGCCCUGUGCUACAUCCUGUGCUGGUCUGAUUCCCUCUGCCAGCAUGCUGAAGAGUAAACAGAGGGAACAAUGGUGGUGUCAGCCCUUACAGGUUCAUACCUGCAUCAGACCACUGACCCUGACUGCUAACGAGGAAAAUCCUGCAAAUUCUGAUGAGAAACAUGCAAUAACAGAUCUGGAGGAAAUAAAUUUUGAUGAAGCAGAAUCUGAUGUUACUGAUGGAAUCUACCUGGCUGGUUUCCGUCGAAGUUUCCGUGUCUGGAAGAGGACUUCCUACAGGAAGCGACGACAGUCGUGCACCACCUGCUCCCCCAACACCAAUGCUUUGUCCACUCCCUACGAGGAAGUGGUUUUGUACCAGCGCCCUCCUCAGGAGAACCACCGCCUCAUCAUCCUCGUCGGUGCUUCAGGAGUUGGAGUAAAUGAACUGAGGAAGAGACUCAUCAAACUGAAUCCUUCGACAUUCCAGGGACCAGUGCCUCACACCACUCGCUCAAUCAGAGCAGGAGAGCAGAACGGUAGAGAGUACCACUUUGUUACCAAAGAACUGUUUGAGUACAUGGUCUGCAACCACAGAUUUGUGGAAUAUGGAGAGAGUAAAGGUCAGCUGUAUGGAAUUAGCACUGAUGCCAUUGAUGAGGUGCUAAAACGAGGGCGGAUGUGUAUCAUUGACGCCGAGCCCCAUAGCAUCCAGCUGUUGCGAACAAAGAAAUUUAAACCCUAUGUGAUUUUCAUCAAACCACCCAGCCCAGACAGACUCAGGCAAACUCGGAGAGAUGCUCGAAUCAUCACCAAUUAUGCCAUCAACAGGGUUUUCUCAGAGGAAGAUUUUGCAGAGCUUGAAGAGACAUCAAAGCUGAUUGAAGUGAAGUACAAGCAGUUUUUUGACAGCGUCCUGGUGAACGAUGACCUACAGGACGCUUGCAUAGAGCUCUGUUCCAUCAUUCAGCAGGCACAGGAUGAACCACAGUGGAUACCUGUAAGCUGGGGCAGAGCAGAGGAUUAGCACAGGGGAAGAAUAAAAUACUUAAAGAGAUGCGAAAUGACAAUGUGAAAGUGAAAUAAGAAGAAACAGGCAGAAAUGAAUAUAUAAAAAGACAUGGUGAAAUUCUCAGAGCAGAACAUAAGGAUAAUACAUUUAUAAGGGAUGAACAGAUAAUCAGUCAUGUGAUUAUGAUGUGACACUAUCCAUGAUGUCAUAUCUUUGCAAUUGGGAACAAAACUCGUAUUUGUAUCCAGUGGUUGGUAACCCUAGCAACAGUUUGUUUCAUGUUACAUGCUGUUGUAUGGUGUUGAACACUGCACUUUAAUUAUAUUUCAUAUAAUCACUCCCAGUUUUGAUGCUGUUUUUUUUUUUUCAGUGACAGCUGUUCAAUGUAUUUACUUUCAGUCUUUGCCUCUUUGUGCUGUAGUGAUAUCUUAUUGGUAUGUUAUUGGUAUGUUGUGGUUUAGAGGCUAAGUAGGCUGCAUUUUUAAUUUGAAAUGUAUGUCAUAUGGAAUGUAAUUAAGUACAGUUACUGUCAUAUAAAGGUACUUGCACUUUACUUGAGCAUUUCCAAAUUGGUCACCUUUGUGCUUUUGCUUCACAACAUUUCAAAGACAUACACCACAACAUUCACUUAAAGUCUUUGUUAUUUGUGUUAAUAUUAUAUUCAGAUUUUACAUAUCAAACAUGUCAGUUAAAAGUUUAAAGUGUUACCAGCAGGAACAGCUACAGCAAUUAAAUGAUAUUUAAUUCAGCAGUAGUUACAUAUUCUUGCUAUCCUGUAGGCAAAUUCAAUAACUUGUUGGCUUUUUGUAAAAAUAAUGGUGACCACCAGUGUUACCGCUCAGCCUCUUGGUAGACACAACUAUGGUAUCAAUUUCAAAAUCCUAUGUCGCCUUGUUCUCAAGUUAUCGCAUUCACAAACUUAGGUGUCCAUGCUGCCUGCUUGCCCAGCGACAUGACUGAGAAUGUCGAAAAGACAAAAUUGCCACUUCUUCAGCUCAAUAAUAAGAAAUAAAGAACAAUAUCUAAGACGACAAAAGGAAUACACAAUGAGAAUAUCUUACAAAUACAUUCAUGUGAAGAUACGUGACAUACAUCUAUAUUACACAGUACCCAGUAUGUGCUGGUAGUAUCUCCACUAAUUCAGCAGUCUGUCAUGUUUCACUGACUGCAACAAAAGCAUCAUAGCAGAACAAUUACACUCUUAUGUGUAACAGUUGCCAAGGAAUCUUUUUCAUCAAAUUCUGAUGAUUUAAAGGUGUAAUGCAGUUAGUAAAAUGGCAUUCAUUUGUGAUUAGCCUUUUCCUUCUUGAAUAAAUAUAAAACAAGACCUUGAGAGAAACAUUUUGCUUGACUGAUUUUAUUUGUAGCUCUUUGGUCAAGAAAAUAAUUUGCUUUUGCAAUGAAUGUAGAACGUCUUAUUAACACUGUACAAAUGUUUCAUCACAGCAAUUGUAUUUUAAUGGCAUUGCAUUUGCAUGUAUAUGAUACAAUAAAGUAAUUAAAACCAAAAUGUUACAAAUAAUCAUAACAGUGAAAAGAAAAACUGUUGUACUGUCAUGUAAAUUGCACACUGCUGUUACAUUAACAUCAAACUGGUCCCACUCCUUCACCUAAAAGUUACCAAAACUUAAAAUUAAAUCAACAGGAAACUGCUUUUGAUCAUCACAUUGUGUUCCAUUGUGUUAAAACGUCUUUGCAGACAAUUAAGAUGUUUAAUUACCUGACCUUCUUAGAAGCAAAAUAUAAAGUAUUCACUGUACCUGUAUGAUGGACUGAAACUGACAGCUUACAUUUCUCCUGUGAUGUUUUGUAUAACGUCCAGCUUUUUCCACUUUGGAAAAUUCACUGCACAAGGGGAUAACACAUCUUUUUGUCCAGUGUGUUUACUUUUUUCCAGAAGCUUUUAUUAUUUGCCGUGUUUAAACAACAGAACAACUCAGGUUGUUCUGUUGUUUUAAUCCUUUUAGAUUUGACUGCCACCUUGACACAGUUGAUCAUAACAUUCUUUUAUCGAGACCUGAACACAUUGUUGGUCUUAAAGGCACAGUUUUAUCAUUGUUUAAAUAUCUAGGUCUUUUUCUGUUACUAUUGGGCAAUACUCCUCUUCCUCUGCCCCAAUUUGUUGUGGUGUGUCUCAGGGGUUUGUUUUGGGUCCAACUCUGUUCUCCUUAUCCAUGCUACCUUUGGGAUUUAUUUUUAGGUAUUACAACAUCCCCUUUCACUGUUAUGCUGAUGACAUCCAAAUUUACUUCCCCUUGAAACUGGGUGUUUCUGUUCCACUGUAUUCUUUGCCUAACUUUCUACAUGAUGUCAAAGACUGGUUAACACAGAAUUUUCUCACCCUAAAUGUAAAUAAGACUGAAGUUAUGGUUUUUGGAAGUCAUUCUCCUUUGGAUAAGUUAAUUGUUACCCUCGGUUCACUUGCUUGUCAUCAUUCUCACACUGUAAGAAAUCUCGGAGUGUUUUUAGAUAGCUCUUUUUAAAUUACAGAAGCAAGUGUCCACAGUUAAAACCAGUUUUUAUCAGUUAUGUGAAGCCUUAUCUUCCUCCAAAAGACCUAGAAACACUUAUUCAUGCCUUCAUCAGCUCCAGACUGGACUACUGCAAUUCUCUCUAUUUUGGUCUUCAACACUCAUCGCUUGCAGUUAGUCCAAAAUGCUGCUGCAGGUCGUUUAACAGGUGUUAGAAUGUAUGGACACAUCACUCCAGAUUCAGCACAUUUACACUGGCUCCCUUUCAAAUACUGUAUUAGUUUUAAGAUUCUUUUACUUGCUUUUAAAGUUUUAAAUAAUAUGCCACCCAGUUAUUUAAGCAAACUCCUCAACAUUUAUAACCCCAAAAGAGCACUGACAUUGUCUAACCAGAUGCUCUUAGUAUAACCGAGGUCUCGAUUGAAGCAUAGAGGAGAUCAGGCCUUUGCCCAAGUUGCAACGCCUGGACUCUGGAAUAAUCUACCAGAUGAUAUUUGUACUUCAGAGUCUAUUCAGUCUUUUAAAUUGUGUCUUAAAACUCCCCUUUUUUUAAAAUUUUAAACCCUUUAUAGUCUCACACGUGGGAAAUUUUGUAGUCCUCCACAUUUAACCCAUUCACUUGCUCUGGGGAGCAGUGUGUAGAGAUGGUAUCUUGCUCAAGGGUACCUCAGGGUAGCCUGGAUUCGGUUGAUUCCAGUCCCCGACCUUCCCAUCAUGGGGAGAUCACUCUACCUACUGAACUAUCCCUGCCCCCAGCAACAUUGGCUUUUAACUCAAGUUCUGUUUGAAUAACCUCAGACCUGUUUUUUAAUGUUAAUACAUUGUCUUCUCAUUUAUCUGUAUUUGUUUCUCAUUUAUCUGCAUUUGUUUCUCUAUUGUUUUCUCUUGUUCUUAACUGAUUGU